AUGAGCAAACCAGUUAAUGUAUACUCUAUUUCUGAAGUAUCUCAAACUUUAAAUGAAAAUUUGCCAGACGUUUUAGCACGUUUAGGCUAUACUGAAACCUUUGAAUUAGUUGACCAAAAAUUAUUGAUUGGUUACUCUGUAGCUAUUGUUGCUGCAGUUAGUUUCGUCAUUGAUAAACAAUUUGUACAUAAGGACAUUGUAAAAUAUCAACAAUAUUUAGUCGGUAUCUAUUGUAUUUUAUCUGUGAUAUUUUGGUAUUUUAAGAAAUAUGUUGAAAAAGCCGUCGUAUACAGUGGUAAGAAUGAUACAGAGACUAUUAAAGUUAAAACAUCAUAUGAAGAUUCCAAACCUUUAUAUACUGUGACUCUUAUCGAUAAGAAAAAGAAAACUUUAGUUAGCACUUUAGAAAUUAAUAAGGUCUUUAAUAAGGAAGGUUAUUUACAAUCUGAAUUGUUUUUGGAAUGGAUUAAACAACAAUUGGCUACACUAUCGAGUAAGAGACAAUGA